AUGUCGUUUCUUGUGGACUCAGUCAUCAUGUUCACCUCUCAGGUCCUGUUCUUUGGGUUUGGCUGGUUGUUCUUUAUGCGGCAGCUUUUUAAAGACUAUGAGGUGCGGCAGUAUGUUGUCCAGGUGGUGUUCUCAGUCACGUUUGCUUUUUCUUGUACCAUGUUUGAACUCAUUAUCUUUGAGAUUCUGGGUGCCUUAAGCAGCAGUUCCAGGUAUUUCCACUGGAAGCUGAAUCUCUAUGUGAUUCUGCUGGUUUUGAUAUUUGUAGUGCCUUUCUACAUUGGCUACUUUGUUGUCAGCAACAUACGCUUGUUGCAGAGACAAAAGCUUCUUUUUGCCUGUAUGGUGUGGUUCACCUUCAUGUAUUUCUUCUGGAAGCUGGGGGACCCAUUCCCCAUCUUAAGUCCAAAACAUGGGAUUCUUUCCAUUGAGCAACUGAUAAGUCGUGUUGGUGUGAUUGGCGUCACUCUCAUGGCUCUGCUGUCUGGGUUUGGUGCUGUCAACUGUCCCUACACCUACAUGUCCUACUUCCUCAGGAAUGUUACAGACAGUGACAUUCUAGCUCUAGAGAGGCGGCUGCUGCAAACAAUGGACAUGAUUGUCAGCAAAAAGAAACGGAUUGCUAUGACGCGGAGGCAGAUGUACCAGCGAGGGGAGGACCAGAACAAACAGGCAGGGUUCUGGGGCAUGAUCAAAAGUGUCACCUCUUCCCAAACGGGCAGUGAAAGAAUCCUUUAUGCUCAGAUUUAUUGUAACAAUCUCUCUCUAAUCCAGCAGGAGGUUGAUGCUCUAGAGGAGUUAAGUCGGCAGCUCUUCCUUGAGACUGUAGACCUCCAAUCAACCAAGGAGCGAAUAGAGUAUUCAAAGACAUUCCAGGGAAAAUACUUCAACUUCCUGGGGUACUUUUUCUCCAUCUAUUGUGUUUGGAAAAUCUUCAUGGCCACCAUAAACAUAGUGUUUGAUCGAGUUGGGAAGACGGAUCCGGUGACAAGAGGGAUUGAAAUUACAGUGAACUACUUGGGCAUUCAGUUCGAUGUAAAAUUUUGGUCCCAGCACAUAUCAUUUAUUUUGGUUGGUAUAAUAAUCGUUACGUCCAUUCGAGGGUUGCUCAUCACCCUAACUAAGUUCUUCUAUGCAAUAUCAAGCAGCAAGUCUUCAAACGUCAUUGUGCUCGUCCUGGCUCAGAUCAUGGGGAUGUAUUUUGUGUCAUCUGUUCUGCUGAUGCGCAUGAGCAUGCCAUUGGAGUACCGCUCCAUUGUGACGGAGGUUCUGGGAGAGCUGCAGUUCAACUUUUACCACCGCUGGUUCGACGUCAUCUUCUUGGUCAGCGCGCUGUCCAGCAUCCUCUUUCUCUAUCUCGCUCACAAACAGGCACCAGAAAAGCACAUGGCCCUCUGA